UUGACAGGAGAGCUGGAGAGUAAAGUAAAGAGGCGAGAGUUCAGUGGGACUCUCAGAAACACGCUGGAGGGAAAGAUGGAGAAGGAGUCGGUGGUAAAACGGUCUGUGGCUGAACUGGCUGGAAAGUUCGCUUGCCAAAAAAUCCCUGUUCCUACAGGAGAUGAAGCGAACAAGCCUGUGCGGAGAAGACCUCCACGCACACUGCAGCUGCCGCUGCCUACCGGGAACGAUGCAGGCCAGGACCACGGAGAGCAGCAGAAAGGAGAGGCUGCUUCUCAUCCUCCCAGAAAGAACAGAAACUCUGCUCUUAUUGAAAAACUGCAGGCAAACCUCGUUCUCUCACCGACGGCCCUGCUGCCCUCCCCACUGAGCCCGGGGGCCGGUAAACCCCCGGUACUGCUGCCCUCUCUGUCCCCCAACUCACCCUGCAGCCCGGCCAGCCCGGCUGCAGCUCACACACCCGGGCAGGAGGAGGCACCAGCCAGCUUCGAGAAGCCUGCAGAGGGCAGUGUUCUACUAAACGUCAACAAGAGCAGAGCUAGACAUUCUAUCAAACGCCGGCCGCCGUCUCGUCGCCACAGGAAGUCUAGUGGGGAUGAUGUCGGGACUGAAGAAGAAAAACCCACCGCAGCCGUCUCUGAGAGCACGAGUCAGAGAGGUAAAGAGGAAGAGGUUUUUGAGGAGCAGAAGGUGGAGAAGAAGGAAGGUAACAGUGCUGAACCAGCAGCAGCAGCAGCAUCUUCUACCACCGAGCAACAAAAAGAGCAAAAACACAGUGAAUCACCAGAUUUAGAACAGCAGCCCCCCACAACAGAAUCAGAAGAAAAGGAGAGUAAAGAGUGUGAGAAAGAGGAGGAGGCCUCAGUGACUGCUGAGGAAAAGAAGGAGAAAGAGAAGGAGGAGAAGAAGGAGGAGAAAGAGGAGGUGAAGACACCUGACGAGCCUCAGCUAACCACCAGCACCUCAGAGUCCACAAAGCAUGAAGAUCCCCAUGAAGAACCCCAGAAGGAGCCCACAGAGGAACUUGCCACUGAGCCGCAGAGCGAGUCAGAGAGGGCACCAGAGGACAAAGAAGAACAGAAGGAGAAAAAAGAGGAAGGAGAAGAAAAACAGACAGAGGAGCAGCAGACAGAGCCUCUAAAUGACGAGACAGGAGAAAGUCCUCCACAACAGGCAGCCCACUAAAACCCACCUGCUUGGCCGUUUAAGGUGAAGAGGAUGCUGGAGUUAAUAAUGUGAAUUACAUGGCUUGAAAGCUUUAUCAGCAGUUCUGCGCUUUCUUUUUUGUUAAAUUCUUCUGUUGGAUGUACAAGUUAACCAUGAAGUGCAAAGAAAACCUUUUCUUCUUGUACAGUUUUGUUAAUAUUUUGUUUCUGUCUUUUUGCGCUGGUGGUAUAAAGUCAGAUACAGUAUUGUACAUGUGAGUAGUUUAGAUGUAAUUUCUGCUUUUUGUAUAUACCUUGCACUAACAUGACUGUAAUAAAGGGUUAACGUAUGUUAACACCCUUCUUUACUGCUUUUAAUACUACAUUUGCAGAACUAACAGCUGUAUAAAAAGACGUGUACAGAC